ACGACACACACCACCACCGACCAACGCAACGCAACAAUCUCCAAACCCCAAACUGCACUCCACUCCACACACGCGCGCGCGCGCACGAUCGUCUCGUCGACCAGCCAGACAAGAUGCAGCAGGGGAGGAAGAGGAGCCGCCCGCGCAUCGCCGGCGUCCGGCCGGGGCCCUCCUCCUCGCCGACGCGCCGGGGCGGGACCAGCGGCGGCGCAGGCGCCGGGCAGAGGCUCCGGCUGCCGGUGCAGCUGGCGCAGGGACCGCGGUCGCGGAGGCGGGCCGAGGGGAAGAGGGCGCUCACGCGCUCCGCCUCCGAGCCGGCGCUCUGGUGGCGCGACGACGCCCGCAUCCACCCCGUGACCCAUCCGCCGUCCCCGCCGCCGCCGCCGAUCAACCGCCCGCUCACCUGCUACGACGUCCUCGCGCCGGACUCCCCCUUCGCCUCCUCCUCCCUGCUGCUGCCGCCCGAUCGUCGCACGCCCUGGGAGGAGGCGAAGGUGGUGGUGAACGUGACGGUGGAGGGGAGCGCGGGGCCGGUGAGGGCGAUGGUCAGCCUCGGCUCCAGCAUCCGGGACGCCAUCGCCGCGGUGGUGGAGAGGUACCACCGGGAGGGGAGGAGCCCCCGGCUGGACCCGGCCUCCGCCGAGUCCUUCCAGCUACAUCACUCUCACUUCUCCCUCCAGAGUUUAAACAAGAACGACAAGAUCGGCGAAGUGGGCGGCAGAAAUUUCUACCUGCACAAAAGCGGCGGAACCAACGGGCUUGCGCUUCAGAGGGGAGAACCUGGUGUGCAUUCAGGUGGCGGCGAGACUACACAGAGCCAUGGAGGGCAGCUUGCCGGGGUCCCAUACCACCAUCACCUCCUCGCCAUUGUCAUGAAGAAGCUGGAUAAAAUCGGCAGGCGGACGAAGAGGCUUUGGAGGCUCCUCACCUGUGACUGCACAUGACAGACCCUGUGGAUGUUGAUGGUAGCCUAACAGCCGUCGUAUACUGUGACUGUCUGGUGUGGUAGGCUAGCACCAGCAAGUUAGGUUAGAAUCGGUGCGCGGUGCCGGUGGUAUUGGUAUUGAUUGACGAUAAAGAAGGCACGCGGCGCGGUAACGAAAGUUAUCCUCGUGCUGAUGUGUUGAUAGAUUCGGUUGAUCAGGUUAGGGAGUAAGGUAUAUAGCGGAGUGCACGCUUUGCAGUCCACACACAUCACUGAUAAGCACUGGUGAUUGUGUGGCUGCAAGUGCAAGGUAGACUCUCGACUAAUAUAAAUCGAUACAAAUAUAUUUCCUGCCCGGAAUUACUUGUCACGAAAAUGAAUAAAAAUGAACGUAACUAAAAUA